AUGAGUAAGCCAGCUUCAUACACUUGUAAAAACUAUCUGAUCACAUCUUUUACACAUAAGAAAACCGCACCUCUUUUCCAGUGCCAACAGCAGAAAUUUAUCCGUACUGCCAACAUUUCUAUGUACCUGAUUGAAUGGCUUGUCUUUGAAAACCGGUUUUCUUUGGUAAAACAACAGUCAAUGUGCACUAUGCCUGGUUCUGACGAAAGUACUGCUAGCCUCACACCCCAGCGUUCCCGAUCUCCUCCCCACUCCGUUCUCUUCCACGAAGUCAGGACAGGUCUACGCCCUGUGGAGGAUGGAUCCGCCUUUAUAGGUGGUGAACUAAGAUUCUGACGAUAUAUUUGAAUAUUAAUAAAAUUUUUUUUUAAACCAUUUUUGUCUGCCC